AUGGGCACGGUGCUGUCUCUUUCCCCCGCCUCCUCGGCCAAGGGCCGGAGGCCCGGCGGGCUGCCCGAGGAGAAGAAGAAGGCGCCGCCCUCGGGAGACGAGGCGCUGGGGGGAUACGGGGCGCCGCCAGUAGGCAAGGGCGGUAAAGGCGAGAGCCGGCUCAAGCGGCCGUCCGUGCUCAUCUCGGCGCUCACCUGGAAGCGGCUGGUGGCCGCGUCUGCCAAGAAGAAGAAAGGCAGCAAGAAGGUGACGCCCAAGCCGGCGUCCACCGGCGCGGACUCCCUGGUCCAGCAACGCAACCGCGAGAACCUUCUCCGCAAGGGUCGGGACCCCCCCGACGGCGGCGGCGCCGCCAAGCCCCUGGCGGUGCCCGUGCCCACCGUGCCCGCGGCCGCCGCCACCUGCGAGCCGCCGUCGGGGGGCAGCGCCGUCGCCCCACCUCCAGGCUCCGGUGGAGGGAAACCGCCGCCGCCGCCGCCCCCAGCCCCGCAGGCGGCGCCGCCGGUACCUGGCGGCUCGCCGCGGCGGGUCAUCGUGCAGGCGUCUACGGGAGAGCUGCUGCGCUGCCUGGGCGACUUCGUGUGCCGACGCUGCUACCGUCUCAAGGAGCUAAGCCCAGGCGAGCUGGUGGGCUGGUUCCGCGGAGUGGACCGCUCGCUGCUGCUGCAGGGCUGGCAAGACCAGGCCUUCAUUACGCCCGCCAACCUGGUGUUCGUGUACCUGCUGUGCCGCGAGUCGCUGCGCGGGGAUGAGCUGGCGUCGGCCGCCGAGCUGCAGGCUGCCUUCCUCACCUGCCUCUACCUCGCCUACUCCUACAUGGGCAACGAGAUCUCCUACCCGCUCAAGCCCUUCCUCGUGGAGCCCGACAAGGAGCGCUUCUGGCAACGCUGCCUGCGCCUCAUCCAGCGGCUCAGUCCGCAAAUGCUGCGGCUCAACGCCGACCCCCACUUCUUCACGCAGGUCUUCCAAGACCUCAAGAACGAGGGCGAGGCCGCUGCCGGCGCCGGGGGUCCUCCCAGCGGGGGAGCGCCCGCGGCCUCCUCCUCCUCGGCCGCCAGGGACAGCUGCGCGACUGGAGCCAAGCACUGGACUAUGAACCUGGACCGCUAGGGAUACCCAAGGGCCGCGCCCACCCCCCGCCCCAACC